CUUGUACCCCUCAAGCUGCAGAGAUUGCCAACAAACUUUUGGAGGUUGCCACUGAGAACUUGGUCCGCUGGCCAGCAUCUAUGCUGCGGCUGGGAGGCACAACGAAGCUGCUUGAGCGAGGAGCACAAUGAAGCAACGAUCGCUGGCCAAGAUGCCAGGAGUAAGCUUGAUCAAGGUCAACCACAAGUUCGUCGUUGGAGAUCCCAAGAACAAGGAGAUCUACGAGGAGCUGUGGAAGAUCCACAAUGGUGGAGCGGGGCUACUCUCAAGACCGAGGUGAAAGAGCAGCUGGUUUAAGGACUCGCAGCGCUGUUCCUGGAGCGGUGCUCAUCAUCCCAAACGCGAUGGUCAGCGUCUCGUUGUGCAAGCAAGUUGCGCCGACUGCCACACCGCAACCAAGCUUAUACUUUGCCAAGACUUCUGGAUUCCAUUGUGUCAAAAAAUAGAAGACGAGAGUGUGUCCACGGCUUGGGGAAGAAGCUGUAGGGGAUGAUCGCUACAAGCCUUCUAUUGUGCUCGGUCUACGCACGCGCCCAGCAAGCUCCUCGCUGCAAGAAACGGCAUGCUCUCAAUCAAGUCGUGGCCUUCCUCAAGCUGGCCCGAGUGGCCGUGGCAGCACAGGGCCUGUCGCAGCCUCUAAACCCUAAAAUGGCGAUGGAGAAGGGCAAGAGAAAGAGACUGCGCACGCAAGAAACCACCCCGGAGGAGCAGCGAAGCCGGCAUUCCAAGCACCGCCGCAUCGACUCCUCCCAGGUAUCUAUCUAUCGCUGCCGCAAAUCUUCUUUGCUCACUUUGCUCAGCCAGGCCGGGGAUCUCAAAGCCAAGCUCGAGAGCAAAGACGCGGACCUCAAAGAGGUCCACGCGCUCCGGGACGAUGGCUACGGCCCUCUCCUGGCUGCGCCUUCCCUCAGCCCCGAGAUCGAGAAGGCGCUCUGGAAAGCCCACCACGCCAAGAUCACGGAGUUUCGCUCCCAGAUGCAAAGAGCCGCCGAGAAGCAAAAGAGCGACCGCGUCGGCAAGAAGACGCUCAAGAAUGUGGUGGCGCCUUUGAUCGACUUCAUAGCCAGCAGCUCCAACUUCUACUCGGAGCUUGUUUCCAGGGUGAGAGUGAGGCAUGGCCUCGGUGGGACCGUCUCGGAUAGCUGUGACAAGAGCUUGGACGAGAGCGAGGCGAGAGAGUUCCGCGAGACUUGUCACCGGCUGCUACUGCGCCUCGGGGACUUGGCUCGCUACAAGGAGGUGUAUGGAGUGAGCCUUGGCAAGAGGAACUAUUCCACCGCGGAGGACUACUACGUGCAAGCCUCGAGGCUUUGUCACUGUGAAGGUGGAGCGCAUGGACAGCUGGCGAUCCUGGCGACCCAUGCGGGAGAUAGAGUUCGUGCUGUGUAUCACUAUCUGAGGAGCUUGUUUGUGAAGAUGCCGUCUCCAACGAGCCACAGCAACCUUCUCCUUCUUCUGGAGAGUAAGUCGGACGCCAUCGCUGAAGCCAGCCAAGGAUCGUCCAACUUUGACAAUCUCUUGAGGCUCUUCGAGAUCUUACUCCUGAAAACUGGUUUCGACAAUUUGCAGAAGGUGCUGGAUGGCACUCUGAACGAACUCGAGCGAUCGGUGGGAACUCCCUCUAAAGUUUGCGAUCCAGCAGAGCCAACCAUGGGAAAAGUUUUCCUGGGAAUACAGAUCGUGACGAUACUAGCGUGCUCCAUCGAAGACUUCCAUCUCGGCCUCGUCUGUAAGACUUCUCCGCCAAGGAGCUCGCUGCAUGAGACUCUGGCGUGCGCAUUCAAAGUCGUGCGCACGCUGGCGGCGAUCGGCGAUCCAACCAUGCUCCCGGCGCUCGUCAUCUUCACAGCAGGGCUCGCAGGCAGCGAGGACACCGUGCGGGCCACCGCAGAGUCCGACGAGCUCAGGAGGAGCUUCCUGGAUGCCUUGGAGCGGGCGGAGAGCUUCUUCCAGGCACUGAGUGUCUUCUCCGAGGAAUCCUUGUCAAGGCUCUCCAUGAGCCAGGAGGAGCUCACGCAGGGAAGACGCGACGCUCUCUGGGAGGACCAUGAGCUGCAAGGCUUUGUUCCUCUCGGCCGGUACCACGAGUCUCUGAACUUUGGCUUCCACUACCUGGCUUGCGACUCCAAGCAGCUCGACUGGAAACGUCUUCGAAGAUUGGAGGCUUCCUUGCGAGCUCUCGCGGAGAUGGCAGGCUUGUCCAAGGAUACAACUUCCAGUCAAGCGGAAACGGUGUCCACAAGUCUGGGCUCGGUUCUGGACAGGCAGCUAGCCGAGCUCAAAGUUGAUACGGGCUUGUCGAAGAACACUUCUUCUAGUCAAGCAGAUGAAGAAGCAGCAACUAUAUCGACGAAUCUCAGCUCAGCGCAGCUAGACGAUCUCAAGGUUGAUAUAGCAGACUUGUCAAAAGUUGGAUUUCUCAACGAGGCCGAGGAAGCGGGAUCCACCGAACUCGAAGAGCUUCCUGUCAAGUUCUCUCCUAGUCUGGAAGAUUCAUUCUUCGCAAAGCAGUUUCUAAAAUCUGUAACUGGAUCCACCGACUUAGUUCUUCUUGAACAAGCACCGGAGUUUCCUGAAUCACUCGAGGAUGAUCAUGGCCAAGGCCUGAGGGAUUUCGAGGACGACGUCAUACCAUUUCCAGCAGGAGACGAAGGUGCCACGGACAAUAGCAACGAUGAGGAUCUGCAAGACGAUAUUUAUCUACCCUCGCAAUCACAGGAAGAUGCGUUGAACUGGAGAUCGCUUAGCUCGUUUUGAGAAGAUGUAAAACUAAGAGAAACAGACAACGUAGUUCAAAGGUCUUUUUUAACUUUUACUUCCACUUUGCCUUGUCAAAUACUGAGCAUAACAAUGUUAACUUUACAUUUGUAAUGUUGUUUUAUUCUUUUAAAUUAUAGUACAAGCAAAAUGGAGACGAAAUGUAUUUUAUUUUCUAUCAA